GGUUUUUGUUCAUCCCUUUGUUAUACACCAGGUAUCAAGAUAACUUUCAAUCUGGGAAUGCAGUUGCAUGUCUGCUUUGCAGCUGCUUAGACCUGUCGACACCCUCUCGCGUCAGGUAUUGUAGAUCCAUCAAGCUUGACAGCCAGUAGACUACAGGAAAGCUGUGCGCAUCAUGCUUGAACAGGUUUUCUUGGUUCUCCUGCAAGUGCUUGCGCUCCGCAGUGUCCAUGUAACCUGCCACCCGAACCACCCUAACAUUGCCCCCCAAAACGCCCUUCAUCCUCGCGCUAGUAACGAGCGAUAUUCAAGACAGUAUGCCACUCUCGUCUUACUAAAUACACCGGGGGCGACUCCCAAUCCGGCGCUGCUGCCCGAUGCCGCAUCCCUCAGUCUUAUUAACACAAAACCAGAACCAACAACCUUAUCGGGCAGCGCCCAAGGGACUCCCGAAACCAGCGAUUCCCAACAGAAUUGUCCAGUCGGAAAAUACCGCUCAUCAGACUCGCGUGAAUGUCUGUUAUGUAAGACCGGAAUCAGUGCACCAGAAUGUGCGGCAACAGGAACUACCACACACAGUUCUGCCGAGCCACUUAGUCGUGGCGGUUGGGAUAACUUGAAUGGAGGGGCGAAAGCUGCGGUGGUUGGUGGACCUGCAAUAGCACUCGCUGGACUGUGCAUUAUGGCCUGGUUGUGUGUUCGCCAACGGAAGAGCAAAAAGGAAUACCUGCAAAUAAAGGAACAUGGUACUAAACCUGACGACAUGGUUACUGUGAGAUCUAUGCAAGCCGUCGAGCCAAUCUUGCCGGAUCUCACUGUAGUCGAGGUUAAGGAGCCCCCACAUGCGCAUUUAAAUCCCACCGCCGACCAACCUCCAAUAGUACCUCGGAAGACAAGCUUGGAGUCCAAGCGAGACGGUCAAUCCGAGAUGCAGGUUCAACGACCACCAUCAACAUGGCCUGGACAAUCGAAACGACAACGGGCUCCGUUCGCCCGCUCUUUGGGUCAAGCCCUCACUCAGGGAAUAGCACAGCGAUGGCAUAGACUCAAUACCUCCAACGAAAUCUGUCCUAAACCACCCAUGGAAAUGAUCAUGGCUGAUCAGCGAGUUGGGCAGAGAGACUGGAAACAAUCUCAGUCCGCUGCACACCAAGAAGACUCGCAGCCUCUUAUGAGCACGGAAUCCACGACGGCAGAUUUCUUGAUGGACAACGUUGGAGAACUUGAAGAACAGGAAGCGCAGCAGCAGCGACCGCAGGAGAGUCGCGAAUUCGACGCAUCCCCCUCAUUAGUAUCGCCGGUACCACCUGAAGCGAAUCCCUUCGUAGACUCAGCGACAUACGGUCUAGCUGCGCCGACUACUGAAACCCCGUCGUUAUUAUCUCCAAAGAUACUGGUGACCGAAUCGCCUUCCACCCGCAAGAACAACACUACGGGCAGUCCUCGGCCAUCUUCAGAUCGCGACCGAGAUUUCAAGGGAGAUGAUUCCAAAUAUGCGCGUGCAAAGACUCCAAACCGUACCCGCUCGCCCCUUGCAAGCCUCGCAAACCGCAAGUAUUUCGAUGACGAUGAUUUGCACAACAUCAAGCGCCGAAACAAAAUCCGGCAGGCUGCGCUCCAGGAGUACGCCUUAAAUCAGGCCAAGGGCCCAAAGAAAAGCGGUGAAUCCAUUCCGAGUAGCGUCGCCAGCACCAGCAAGUUGAGGCCGGUUCGCAAGAGGACCAAAUCGUCGCCCCUGGACGUCAUGAAUGCAGGAGAUGAUGUUCCUCUAAUCAAUUUUGUUGGCCUCAAGAAGCCCGCAUUGCGGCCCCAAGGUCAACCAUCUCACUUUGAUGGCUCUGCAUCGCUCUAUGGCUCAUCUCGGUCGCUUGGAGCCGCCUCGAAUUCUUCUGGAUACCUUGCAUCAGAGUCCUCUCAUGGAAUGUCCAAUUCUUCCAGGGGCUUCCAUCGAGACCCUAGGAGGCCAUGGGAGAAUGGAUUAUUCACAGCUGGGUCCAUGUUGGCACCUCCUCCAGCUCACCCUCACGCGGCAGUGCCAAUGUUGCGUCCGCCGCAUGUUGGGAUGGCACCAGGGAUGUAUCACCCUGGGUAUCGACAAGUGCCUGCCCCAACUGUUCAAUCUCCCCAUGGAGGCCUCCUACAUUGCGCUCCACCUAGCGCGAUGUACAAUCCGUACCCGCCAGCAACAGCCAUGAAUGGUAACUACUACCGACCUAUGCCUCCGAUGAUGUCGACUAGGCAGGGAGAAGGUCGGGAACGGGAAGGCAGGUCACGCAGUCGAAGUCGCAACAAAAAGAAUGAAGAAAGUGGCUCCAUGCGCCGGGCCAAGAGUGCAGGGUCGCGAUCGAGGCAAAGGGGGGAUGCAAAAGGCAAAGCAUCAGAUUCUUCUCCCUCACGCCGGAGUCGAAGCGCUGGUGGUAGAAAGGAACAGAGGAAAGCAGGUGACAGGCAGAGUGUAAUUGAAGAGUUUGAAAAACUGAGGAAAAGUAAGGGGAAGGGAAAAGCAUUGGAGAGUGAUGGCGAUCGUACGAAUACCGACGACACUAGUGAAGGAUCAAGUGAAUAGGGAGGUAAUGGGAAAAACGGUUCGAUUAUGGAAAUUGGUUGAAUAUAGUGGAAACAUAUCAAGGAGUUUAGUGCUUGCUGGACUAUACUACGUCUUUGUAUUUCAAGUCGCAUAGUGUUUUGUAAAAGAAAUGUACAUAGGAAGAUCGAGCUAUUAAAGUAAAAACUUUGUUCAAA